AUGAUGGUGAAUUUUCAGCCCAUCGGUUUUAAGUUGUUGAAAAGGCUCUUCCUGUCCUUUAGUCUUCUCUGCCUGGUCAGUAUUCUGAUGCUCCGACGUGGCCACUGGAGCUGGUCGAGGGAGCAUGGGGAGGAGCAGACCUGCUCCGUGCAAUUCUCCAACAAGUCAAGGCCAAAACACACCAACAUAGUUUUCCUCAAGACGCACAAAACCGCAAGUUCCACGAUGCAGAACAUACUUUUCCGGUUUGCUGAGCGUCACAACCUCACCGUGGCUUUACCAAAGAAUGGUGACUCCCAGUUUGCGUAUCCAAACUUUUUUAAUGUCAAAUCAGUUCAACUGGAGACAACACCCCCCAACAUCAUCACAAACCACAUGCGGUUCAACAAGGAAGAGCUGGACAAGCUGAUGCCUCCGGACACAGUGUACAUCACCACCAUGAGAGAGACAAGUGCCAUGUUUGAAUCCUUGUUCGUCUACUGCUAUGUAUCCUCUGCCAGCAUUCGCAGGGUUCCUAAUGAGUCGAUCGAAGCUUUCUUGGACGAUCCAUUCAAAUAUUAUCGGCCUUUGGAAGCGCAUUCUAUGUAUGUACGAAACUGCGUGACCUAUGACCUGGGCGGGAACAAGGAUAGCACCGAAGUGGACUACGCGCAACAAUUAGCAGCCAAAGUAGAGAAAACAUUUUCACUGGUCAUGAUUUCCGAUUACUUUGAUGAAUCGCUCAUCUUGCUGCGUCACCUCCUCAACUGGGACUUGGAGGAUAUUGUUUACUUCAAAGCCAACAUGAGAUCGGAGAAAGCAAAGAAGACCAUCACACCAGAGCUGUCAGACAAAAUCAGGGCCUGGAAUUACAUCGAUUCUUAUCUUUUCGACCACUUCAACGCUUCCUUAUGGCGUCAGCUCAAGGCCAUAGGGCUGGACUGCGUUGCCAGAGAAGUGCAGUUGUUACGACAAGCUCAGGAAAAACUCUCAAUGACCUGUUUUGGGGAGAAGACAUCGAGACUUAACUCUGCCGCUAAGAUCAAAAACAGGGCUUUGAAGCCAUGGCAGCCAGGAAAUGUGGAAAUAGUUGGUUAUGAACUUUCUCCAGAUCUGAGCGCAGAGAACCAGACACUUUGUACUAAGCUCACCAUGCCAGAACUGCACAGGCGGGGGACCUGUCUAAAGUGCCCCCCUUCUCCGAGCCGCUCCUGGCCCCCUCAGAGACGCAGACGCACGCACGGUAUUGGCUGUGGGGUGAAUAGAACAGAGAGCGGGGGAGAUAGAACAUCACACACGGAGAUCCCACCGAGGAGCCACCGCUACGUGCACCACCCUCCGCUGACCAACGCACCCGUCGUUACGCGCACCAUUACUACCCCCGUGCGCGUGAAUGUGGAGCGAGCAACAGCCCAAGCGGACGCGGGGAUUCGGAAUUGUGUACGGGACACUUGA